AAGGUGGCCAACUUGGGGAGGGUGAGGUGUAGAGAAGAGCGCUCUCCUCCUCCAUUAAUUUCCAAAUGUCUGUUACUAAGAAUAGCUUCCCUCCUCCUCUUUCCAUCUCCGACAAACACAGCACUCGCAUGCGCCGUUGCAGGUGCGCACGUGUACGCGGCACACACAACCAACACCCCUUUUCCUCUGCGCGUGCAUUUGGCAAUUUCUAUGCGCAUUGACAUGAAUUUGGGAAUAGUGAUUCAAGGGGGGAGGGAAGAGGGGGGGGGCGGCAUUUUUCGUCAUUGUGGCUGACAUGAAUCGGUGUUUGGUUAGGGCGCUUGUGAGGCAGCCGUACGCGUGUGCAAGUCGGCGCUUGCGUCAUUAUGCAUGUGCGGCUGCUAUGGCGCACACGUAAGCUGCGUGGCGGUGUAGUUUAGAGCCGCUCCGCUACUAUCGCGUCUUUUCAUUCUUGUCUCGAUCCCUCCAUUCCUGCGUCCCUCUCCUUCUCCUCCCCCUUGGGGCUGCUGGUGGAGGAACCCACCCGCCCGCCCCCCUUCACCAACCACCCCCACGCCACCUCCACCAUACACUCGGACGAAGAGCGAGGCUCGAGCAGGACGUCCAAGCGAUCCAAGAGGACGGGAGGUUCGACUUUAUCACGGCGAGAGACAUUGUCCAUGGGAGGGGUUGUAAGACGGCGGGGAAGAUAAAGAUGCCGUCCCACGCGUGUCUUUGAAGCCGCGUCCUCUCCCGUCCGUGGAUGGCGAGGCAGGUGUUGCGAGCAGGGAGGAGGAUGCCGUUCGCCGCUCUCAUCUCCACUACGACGGCAUGGACAUUUUCAAACAUGGAAUUCUCCGCCUUUCCCAUUUUGCACGGCGUUAUGUAUUUUUAAGCCAAUUACGCCCCCCACCCCCCCACCCCACUCCGUCUUGUUCGGCAUUCGAGGCUUGUCAGAUCCUCCACUUUAAGGUAAAAUUAGCAGUGCCACGCUGCGACCAAAUAUUGCGGAUAUUUGAGAAAUAAUCAAAUAAUGAUGGUAGGAUUUGAUUUCCGAUGUUUUUUAAGUGAACGCGGUGGUUUUAAGGGGAGAAGAAUUGCACCAUCUGACCACUGAACGUUCGAGCCGUUUUUUUUUCUUCACAUUCGAUGCCGUGAAUGUGAUUUAUUAGGCCCGUGCCGUUUGAGAGGCGUCUGUACUGGCAUGACGUGCUGUCAUGACGGCGAGGAACUAAAUCUUGUGGCGCCCGUGGAGCUGUUCUGAUGCAGCAGGCAUGACGACGGCUCGUUUUGAAUAAGUCCCCAUGAUCUGGUGGCGGGGGAACCUCCUCAGGGGUUUGGACGGAUCCAAGACGACUGUAGGACUUGAGACGCCCUUCAGCGGGAGCAAAAGACCAAACGUUUGAUUCCCCCCCGAGGCAAAGACAAACAGGGGAAGGCGGUCUCUACGCGGGCCCUCGGGUUUCUCAGACCAGAAGCUGCAGAACCACGACCCAUUUAAGCGUAUGAGAUGUUCUGAUCCGGCUGGGAUGUAAUGUGCGGCUGUGCAGCUGAGCACCGGUCUCCUUCUCCGCUGCUUCGUCGAGAUUGGCUUCUGGUUUCCAGAGAAUGGCGCGGUUUGGUGACGAGGUACCAGCCAGGUACGGCGCGGGGGCCGGCGGGGGCGGCCCAGGCGGUCGCGGUGGAGGCAGACAAGGAGGACCGCACGGACACGGACACGGGCAUGGCCACGGACACGGGCAUCCCCACGGCCACGGGUUGGGCCACGGUCCACCCGGGGGACCGGGAACCCAGAGAGUGUACAAGCAGUCUAUGGCGCAGAGGGCCCGGACGAUGGCCUUGUACAACCCGAUCCCAGUACGCCAGAACUGCUUUACGGUCAACCGCUCCUUGUUUAUUUUCAGUGAAGACAACUUUGUGAGAAAAUAUGCCAAAAAGAUCACCGAAUGGCCUCCAUUUGAGUGGAUGAUUCUCGCCACCAUCAUCGCCAACUGCAUCGUCCUGGCCCUGGAGCAACAUUUGCCCGACGGUGACAAGACGCCACUGUCCGAGCGUCUGGACGCUACCGAGAUGUAUUUCAUUGGGAUCUUCUGUUUUGAAUCCGGGAUCAAGAUUCUGGCUCUGGGCUUCGCCUUCCACAAGAACUCAUACUUGAGGAAUGGAUGGAAUGUCAUGGACUUUGUGGUGGUGCUCACAGGGAUCCUGUCCACUGUGGGCUCAGAUUUUGACCUGCGGACCCUCAGAGCUGUUCGAGUCUUGAGGCCUCUAAAACUGGUUUCUGGUAUUCCCAGCUUACAGGUGGUGCUCAAGUCCAUCAUGAAGGCCAUGAUCCCUCUGCUCCAAAUUGGCCUCCUGCUUUUCUUUGCCAUCCUCAUGUUCGCCAUCAUCGGCUUGGAGUUUUACAUGGGCAAAUUCCACAAAACCUGCUUUGACAAUCACACAGGGGAGAUCCGAGAAGAGUUCCCGUGUGGGACGGAGCCUCCAUCGCGAUUGUGUCCGGAGGGGACCACGUGUCGAAAGUACUGGCUCGGUCCAAACUACGGCAUCACCCAGUUUGACAACAUCCUAUUCGCCAUCCUCACCGUCUUCCAGUGUAUCACCAUGGAGGGCUGGACUGAACUGUUGUACUAUAGCAACGAUGCCUCAGGGAGCGCAUGGAACUGGAUGUAUUUCAUCCCCCUUAUUAUCAUCGGCUCCUUCUUCAUGCUCAACCUGGUGCUGGGUGUGUUGUCAGGGGAGUUUGCCAAAGAGAGAGAGCGAGUGGAAAACAGAAGUGAGUUCCUGAAGCUGAGAAGGCAGCAGCAGAUUGAAAGGGAACUCAAUGGUUACUUGGAGUGGAUCUGCAAAGCCGAAGAGGUUCUCUUGGCAGAUGACGACAAUGAAAAUGAUUAUGAUGGCUCCCGCAGGAGAGCCACCAAGAACCACAAGAGCAAAGCGGAGCUUCUAAACCCGGAGGAGGGGGAGGGAGACCUGGCAGUUGGUUCACCGUUUGCCCGUGCCAGCUUAAAAAGCUCCAAGCUUGAAGUAUCAACAUUCAAGAGGCGAGAAAGGCGCUUGCGCUUCUUAAUUCGACACAUGGUGAAGUCCCAAGCCUUCUAUUGGACUGUACUGUGUUUGGUGGGCCUCAACACGCUGUGUGUGGCUGUCGUGCACUACGACCAGCCGGAACCGCUCUCGGAUUUUUUAAAUUAUGCUGAAUUUAUCUUCCUGGGAAUAUUCCUGACAGAGAUGUUUGUCAAGAUGUAUGGUCUGGGAAGGCAGGCAUACCUCAACUCUUCUUUCAACUGCUUUGACUGCAUCGUGAUCUGCGGCAGCAUAUUUGAAGUGCUGUGGUCUUUUAUCCAGCCGGGCACGUCGUUCGGCAUCAGUGUUUUACGAGCUCUCAGGUUAUUGAGGAUCUUCAAGGUCACCAAGUACUGGGCAUCUUUACGGAACCUUGUGGUGUCUUUGCUCAACUCCAUGAAGUCCAUCAUCAGCUUGCUCUUCCUCCUCUUCCUCUUCAUAGUUGUUUUCGCCCUGCUGGGAAUGCAGCUCUUCGGAGGACAGUUUAAUUUUGAAAAUGGCACUCCUUCAACAAACUUUGAUACCUUCCCGGCAGCAAUAAUGACAGUGUUUCAGAUCCUGACGGGAGAAGACUGGAACAUGGUGAUGUACUCCGGCAUCAAGUCUCAGGGCGGAGUCAACAAGGGCAUGGCCUUCUCCGUCUUCUUCAUUGUGCUCACACUUUUUGGCAACUAUACUCUGCUGAAUGUCUUCUUGGCUAUCGCUGUGGACAAUUUGGCCAACGCGCAGGAGCUAACCAAGGAUGAGCAAGAGGAGGAGGAGGCUGCCAGUCAGAAGAUCGCGUUGCAAAAAGCCAAGGAGGUGGCGGAAGUCAGCCCCCUCUCAGCUGCCAACCUCUCCAUAGCAGCCAACAAAGUACACAGUGAUUGUCACCACGCUACUGACCCCUUUCUGGACUGUAAGGAGCAGCAGAAGAACCACAACAAGGGGCUCAACAAAUCUGUGUGGGAGCAGCGCACCAAGGAGCUGAGGAAGCAAACGCUGGCAUCCAGCCGAGAAGCCCUUUACAACGAGCUGGACCCCGAAGAUCGCUGGAAGGCAAGAACAGGGCGGGAAGAACAAAACAAUGUCAACUACUCACGCCACGUUCGACCAGAUAUGAAAACUCACUUGGAUCGACCUUUGGUGGUUGACGCCCUUGAGAACCGCAACAACAACACCAACAAGAACACUGACAACAAUCCGGACCACUGCUUCACCCCGCGGCAUUCCGCCGAUGACCUCCGCAGGGAAACGCACCACCACCAACACGCGGGUCAAGGGCGCCCCGCUAAAGCUCCUCUCGAGCGAGGCGAGUCCACUGAGAGCAGGCGGAGCCGGAAAAGUACGCACCAUCAUCGUAGCUCCCACGUGAGAUUGGAUACAACGGUCAUUCCCGGGCCGGGCUCGGAGGAGAGGCCGACGAGGCGCCAUCAUCAUAAUCGCAGCGGAAGUCGAGGGACGGGGCAGUCCGAACACAAGAAACCUCGUUUGCAUCGCAAGAAUGAUGAAGGCGAGGACGGUCGAGAAGGAACUGGAAAAGCGGGAAGACACAAGAGCAAAGGGGUCGAGGAAGGUGGCGAGGGAGGAGAGAAGGAAGCAGCUGGUGAUGGAAGUGAGAGGAGGCCGAGAAGGAAUCGCCAUGGCAACCAGACGGAAGGAGACGGGAAGAAGACGUGCCAGCAUCGACGCAAGUCCGGGAGUGUUCUGAACCUCUCCACGACGAGGCCCAUCCAAAAGAGGCUGUCCAGGCAGGACAGGCAAGACAGUGAAGACAUGGACAACCUCAUGAAUAGCAAACUGGUUUCUGGCUCCGCCCCUUCCGACGAGCAGCACCCAAAUCCACCUGUGGCCCCGAGCUUUGAAUCGGCCCUCCAGCUCGUCAACAGCGGUACCCGGGGGAGUUUAGUCAGAUUAGACAGCUUCGGGAACGUCGGGCAUCGGCGUGCCAGCAGCAUCAUCAGACAACCCCACCUGGACCACACGGUCGUGGACAUGCCGAUUUUUCCAUCCACCAAUGCCAUUCUGCAGGUCAAUAAAAAUGCAAACACAGAGCCUUUACCGGCGAAGGAGGACAAGGACGACGAUGAUGACGCAAAGGGCGGUGACGGGGGACCCAGGCCCAUGCCUCCCUUCACCUCAAUGUUUAUACUGACCACCACGAACCCGUUUCGCCGGGCCUGUCACUACAUCUGCACCCUGCGCUACUUUGAGAUGUGUAUUCUGCUCGUCAUUGCCAUGAGUAGCAUCGCCCUUGCUGCCGAAGACCCCGUCUGGCCCGAUUCUACUCGCAACAAUGUCCUGCGCUAUUUCGAUUACGUCUUCACAGGAGUCUUCACAUUUGAGAUGCUAAUUAAGAUGGUGGACCUGGGCUUGGUCUUGCACCAAGGCUCGUAUUUCCGUGACUUGUGGAACAUCCUCGACUUUAUUGUGGUUAGUGGUGCGCUGGUGGCCUUCGCCUUCACGGGGAGCAGCAAAGGGAAAGACAUCAGCACCAUCAAGUCUCUGAGGGUGCUCAGAGUGCUGCGGCCACUUAAGACCAUAAAGCGUCUUCCCAAACUCAAGGCCGUUUUUGACUGCGUGGUGAACUCUCUAAAGAACGUCCUCAACAUUCUGAUCGUCUACCUGCUCUUCAUGUUCAUCUUUGCCGUGGUGGCCGUGCAGCUCUUCAAGGGACGCUUCUUUCACUGCAGUGAUGAAUCCAAAGAGUUUGAGCGUGACUGCAGAGGGGAGUUUUUGGUGUACGGGCGCGAUAAUGAAGUGAAGGCACAGAAGCGGGAGUGGAAGAAGUACGAUUUCCACUAUGACAACGUGGCUUGGGCCCUGCUCACGCUCUUCACCGUCUCGACUGGGGAGGGUUGGCCGGAGGUGCUGAAACAUUCCGUGGACGCCACUUACGAGAAUCAAGGCCCCAGCCCGGGGUACCGGAUGGAGAUGUCCAUCUUUUAUGUGGUGUAUUUUGUCGUCUUCCCCUUUUUCUUUGUCAAUAUCUUCGUGGCUCUCAUCAUCAUCACCUUCCAGGAGCAAGGAGACAAAAUGAUGGAGGAUUAUAGUUUAGAAAAGAAUGAGAGAGCUUGUAUCGAUUUUGCCAUCAACGCCAAGCCUUUGACUCGCCACAUGCCCAAGAACAAGCUCAGCUUUCAGUACCGCAUGUGGGAGUUUGUGGUGUCGCCACCGUUCGAGUACACGAUCAUGGCGAUGAUUGCGCUCAACACGAUUGUCCUGAUGAUGAAGUACGAUGGAGCGUCAGACACCUACGAAGCCGUGUUAGCCAACCUCAACAUCGUGUUUACUUCGCUGUUCUCCAUGGAGUGUGUGCUCAAGAUUAUUGCCUUUGGAGUACUGAAUUAUUUUAAAGAUGCCUGGAAUAUUUUUGACUGCGUGACCGUUCUAGGAAGCAUCACUGACAUUCUGGUCACUGAACUUGGGAAUAACUUCAUCAACUUGAGUUUCCUGAGGCUGUUCAGGGCAGCUCGGCUCAUCAAGCUGCUGAGGCAAGGAGAAACCAUUCGCAUCUUGCUCUGGACCUUCGUUCAGUCCUUCAAGGCUCUGCCUUAUGUUUGCCUCCUCAUUGCCAUGCUCUUCUUCAUCUAUGCCAUCAUUGGGAUGCAGCUUUUCGGGAAUAUUGCGAUUGAAGAAGACGGGGAGGGCGCCAUCGACCAACACAACAACUUCAGGACCUUCGUUCAGGCUCUCAUGUUGCUCUUCAGGAGCGCCACUGGGGAGGCGUGGCAUGAGAUCAUGCUGGCGUGCCUGGGGGGUAAAGAAUGCGACGAGCUGUCAGGGAAUACAGAGCCAGAGUGCGGCAGCCAAGUGGCUUACCUUUACUUUGUCUCGUUCAUCUUCUUCUGUUCAUUUUUGAUGCUGAAUCUGUUUGUGGCCGUCAUCAUGGACAACUUUGAGUACUUGACCAGAGAUUCUUCCAUACUUGGACCUCACCACUUGGAUGAGUAUGUCAGGAUCUGGGCCGAGUAUGAUCCUGCCGCCUGUGGCAGAAUCAGUUGCAGGCAAAUGUAUGACAUGCUGAGGCACAUGUGUCCUCCACUAGGCCUCGGGAAGAGGUGUCCAGCACGGGUGGCCUACAAGAGACUCCUUCGCAUGGAUCUGCCCGUGGCGGACGACAACACGGUCCACUUUAACUCCACCCUCAUGGCUUUGAUCCGCACAGCCCUGGACAUCAAAAUCGCCAAGAUUUCUGAAGGUGGUAUUGACAAGCACCAGAUGGAUGCCGAGCUGAGGAAAGAGAUGAUGGCAAUCUGGCCCAAUCUCUCCCAGAAGCAUCUGGACUUGCUGGUUACUCCCCACAAGUCAGCGACAGACCUGACAGUUGGCAAAAUCUACGCUGCCAUGAUGAUCAUGGAGUACUACCGGCAGAGCAAGACCAAGCGCUCGCAAGCGCUCCGCGAUGAGCAGAAUCGAACGCCAUUACUGUUUCAGCGCGUGGAACCGCCUUCCCCCACCCAAGACGGGGGUCCGGGCCUCAACAAUGCCCUCCCUCCACCCGAGACGACAGAGACAAUGAGCAAACUCCCGGUGGAUGGGGGGGUGCCGGAGAGCCAGUCCUGGGUCACAGCUCGCGCUCAGGAGAUGUCCCAAAAGGUCGGGAGCUGGAGCCCUGAAGAUGGCCUGGGAAGCAUGACCACGUCGCAGACGGUAGAGAUGAGAGAGAUGGGGCAGGAUGGUUACUCGGAUACUGAGCACUUUCCACCAAUGGAAGGCCACGGCAGGGCCGCUUCCAUGCCCCGCCUACCAGGCGACAACCAAAAGCGGAGGAAGGGAAAGCAGCGUGGCAGUCACCUCAGUGCCAUCGGCGACAACAGCCCCAUGAAGCGCUCGGCCUCAUCGUUAGGUCACAGUAGGUCGGGACGCGGCAGCAGAGACAAAGGAGGCCCGGAUGGCUACAAUAUGGAGCGCGUUAUACCCGAAGAAGGUCGUGCUUCCAGGCACGGGCACAGGAGAAAAGAGCGCAGCCAUCGUGCCUCCGAGAGGUCGCUGAGUCGCUACGCCGAAGCCGAUGCAGACACUCAGUCCGGUGACCUGAUGUCCAGGGACAGGGAUCGGGAUCGAGAUCGUGGUCGAUCCAAAGACCGCAAGCACCAUCACCAUCAUCACCACCAUCACGGCUCGGUGGACAAAGAGCGUUACGCGGCGGAGCGUGGCGGCGAAUACGGCCGCAAGCAUUCUCGCGACAGAGAGCCCGACCGGGAGAGGGAAAGGGAGCGAGACCCGCGGUGGUCGCGAUCCCCCAGCGAGGGUCGCGAUUGCAUCACACACAGACAGGGCAGUAGUUCGGUCAGUGGAAGUCCUGUUCCAUCAACCUCCGGGACUAGCACGCCGCGCCGAGGCCGCCGUCAAUUGCCUCAGACCCCCGCAACGCCCCGCCCCCACGUUACGUACUCCCCGGUAGUCCGUAAGGCCGUGCCCGCACAACCCGCGGGGCCUCAGGGCCGGGCCCCGGCACCUGUUCCCCGCAGAUUGUCUCCUGAUGGUCCCCAAGGUCCGGUCCCUCUUGCCGGCGUCCCGCCGGCCCACCACGGCAUGCCCCGCCAGACUCAUCACCCUCCACUUCGCUGGGCAGACACAGAUGGGGGAUCCCUAGAAGGGGACGGCUGCUUUUACAACCAAAACUACGUGCCCCACCACGAACCGCCAGCCCUUGAGCCAGGCAGCAACCCCCACCCUCACCCCUUGGCCAGCCACCAACUGCCGCCUCCUCCUCAGCCGCAACCGCGCAACCUGCACCCGCUGCCUCCACCGCAGCCCCACCCCGUAAACAACCCCAACCCUCACCCCUUGCCGCCACACCCGCAGCCAAACCGUACCUCGCCCAGGACCGUCCACCACAUGCCCCCAUCGACCGCUCCCCUGACUGGGCCCCUUCAAGGGCAAGUGCAGCCCCCCGUCCAGCGUCGCCUACCCAACGGUUACCGCUCUUCGUCACCUUCCACACAUCUCCACGGACCCCAACACAGUGGGCCUCACAAGGUCCCACCCCCAGCGGGACACCCUAGAGGACCCCGCAAAGGUCUGCAUGAACCCUAUUGCGAGAAGGAGCAGGACGACUGGUGCUAGCCCACAGUACACGGACUGACGUGACGUUAGCCAGUCCUUGGAAUAUUCCGGCAAGGAAUGAAACCAGAAUGCUCAAACGUGAAAACAAACAAACAAACAAAAAAAACUACAGGAAAAAGAGGUACCAAACGUGUAUUGAUGUCGCAUUCAUCACAUGACAAAAAAUGUCAGAGUACAGCUUUGAAGGACGCAAGUUAGAGCGGCGAUUUCAAAUUUGGUCUCUGGUCAAGAGCUACAGCCACUUACAAGAUGUCAAGAGUUGCAACCCCCCCC